UUUACAAGCAAAACCAUAAACCCAAUCGCCACAGCUGUCAGCGAGGGGCGACGCGCGUCGGCGUCUCGGGCGCGCUGUCGGCCCGUGCGUGUCGCUCCCGCCCCAGAGCCGGGCCCAGAGCCCGCUCCUCGGACGGAGAGAAACUCCGGGCCGCUCGGGGAAGGCGGAGGCCGCUGCCGGUCGGGGGGGCGCGCGGGGAUGACGUCACCCGUUGCCGUGGAGACGCGGCGUCCGCCGUCCGUCAACGCGGACAAGCAGCCCGCGCCCGCCGCGCCCCCUUGCUUUCCUCUCCGUUCUCUCCGACCGUGCUUCCCGCUGUCUCUCCGCACGGGCGGGCACCCGAGGCCGCCCACAGACGCCCGGCAGCGCCGCCGCGGCCCGGCUCCGGAGGAGCCGCUAGCCCGGUCUCUGAGCCGCGGCUGUCACGGCCGGGCUUCUGGGAGAGCUGAGUGCGGCGCGCAGACCCCGCGCCUCCGCGAAGACGCGCUGACUGCGACGGCCGAGCGCGGCCCGGGCGCCCGCGGAGUGGGAGAAGGAUCCUGAGCUCGGCGGGGCUUCUUGGUUUUUUGGAGACAGGGUCUCGCUGUGUAGCCCAGGCUGGCCUCCAACUCCCAGCGAGCCUCCUGCCUCAGCCUCCCAAGCGCUGGGAUGGCAGGCGCGCGCCACCUCGCCUGGCGGGACUCUUCAAGCCGUCUCACUGGAGCCUUAUUUUGACCCUUCCGGCACGAUCCUACGCACGCCCGAGGCGGUGGCAGGGGACGGCGCGGUCUCCCGGGAGCGGGGCGGCCGGGUGGGACGCCGUCCGGCGCUGCGAUCUCCGUGGCCGCGGGCACCGCGGGGAACUCGCAGCCCCCGCGCCGGGCCGGGUUGGAAAGCGGGGACCGCGCCCCAUCUCCCGACGUGCUGGGGCCCCGUGCUGGCGCCGAGCUGCACGGAGCCGCCCCCGGGCGACCCCGAUUCCGGAGCCCGGGAGCGCAGGGCUGGGGAAGGGAGGCGCUGCGCCGCGCCCCACGCAGGGUUCCCCGGGCUCCCGGCGGCUCCACUGCGCUGCGGAGACGGCGCGCGCUCCUCACCUGUUGGGACGCCGCAUUGGAGCAUUUCCUGUUUCUUAUUUUCUCUCUCUUCCUUUGGGGUUGGGAGGUUGAAACGGAGGUUUCGCUAUGUAGCCCAGGGUGGACUCUUAACUCACGGCGAUCGUCCUGCCUCAGCCCCCCGAGUGCUGGGAUGACGAGUGUGCGCCACCACGCUCCUGUUUUAGUUUUAAGCAUUUAAGAAAAGAAGUGACACAACCACCUCUUUAACAAGUUGAAACAGUAUAAAACGUAAGGUAAAAGGGCUGAAGUGCCUCACUCUUUGUGCCUAGCGCCUUAAACUCGGGAUCUCACUGCGAGACACAGCUCUGUAACAUAAAUAUGCAUAAAUAAGCAUAAUACGUAUUUCUCAUGAAUAUGCAUGCAUACAUACCUUUACGCUGUUUUAAAGUGUAUCCUUGGUGUAUGCAAUUAAAAUGGCCAUCGCA